UGCCCCGGGAGCACGCAGCACAGCGAUCAGUGGUGCACUACAGGGGACAUCUACACUGAUCAUCAGGGCACUGAUGAUCAGUGCCCUGAUGAUCAGUGCAGCCUCAUCAGUGCCACCUGUCAGUGUCCAUCAAUGCCACCUCUCAGUGCCCAUCAAUGCCAUCUGUCAGUGCCCAUCAGUGCACAUCAAUGCCACAUAUCAGUGCCUACCAGUGCACAUCAAUGCCACAUAUCAGUGCCCAUCUGAGCUGCUUUUCAGUGCCAUCCAUCAGUGCCACAUAUCAGUGCCGCCUAUCAGUGCCUCGUAUCAGUGCCAUAUAUGAACACUGCCUUUCUGUGCCCAUCAGUGAUG